AUACAAAUUUAGGGUGAGGUGAUGAGCAUAAAGAUACUAGGUGCCUACCAUAACGAUACCAGGUGCCUACUAUAACACGAUGUCGUCUGUGGUGUCUCAAUAUGUUACAAAAAUUAUCUGUGGAAAUCAAGGAUGUUUGGACUUCAAGCAGCUUGACCAGAUCGUUGGUCAAAAGUUCACUUGUGCAAAUGAGGUCCUACUUGGAAUACUUCGUGACAGCAGAAAAUAUGCCAUCAGUGAAGGCAAAGAAAAGGCUUCGGGUUGUGUUAUGAGCCAGGACAGUGUUAUUGUUGCUAAGACUUCACUACGAGUCUGUCAAACCUCUCAUAAAGAGUGUCAUCAGUGCGAUAAUUUACACAUAUGCAGCCACUUUGUAUGCGGUAACUGCAAGUACGGGAACAAGUGCAAAAAGGCCCACAGUCUAGAUUGCCCACACAACGCAGCUAUUAUAAGUGAGGUGGGUCACCAUGACCUGGGGGAGGCAGAGCUGUUCCAACUUCUGCUGCAGAACGACCCCUACCUGAUGCCUGAGAUCUGCUCCCAUUACAACAAGCGCGUUGGUGAGCAUGGCAUCUGCAAGUUUAAAAGCAGCUGCACAAAACUCCACCUCUGCCUGCACUUCCUCCAGGGUGACUGUAGGUUUGGUGCUGGUUGUAAGAGGGCCCACACGUUCGAUGCCCCUGCAAUGAAGAUUCUAAACAGCAGAGGAUUCAGCCAAGAGAACAUCAAGAUCCUCCACAAUAUCUACAAGAAUAAAUUCAUCAUAACUCACCAAGAAAAUCCAGCUGCUGUAGCACCCUCCCUUGCUCCAGUCAUGAUGCCAGUUGAGAAACAUCAGCCCUCCUCCAGCUCCACCAGUGAGACUGACAUGAAUGAAAUCUGCCUCUUCUUCAUCCGCAGUCGCUGCAGCUUCAAAGACACAUGUGUCCGUGUCCACUACCAUCUGCCUUACAAAUGGCAGAUCUUAGAUGGAGUGACUUGGAGAGACCUGGACAAUGUAGAGGAGAUUGAGAAGGCCUACUGUAACCCACAAAAUGACACAAGUGGAGGAAGUAAGCCUGUGAACUUCCUCACCAUGACAUGUGGAAGCCCUCCAGUUCGUCGUCUGUCCACUGUUUCAUCCGUCACCAAACCCCCUAACUUCAUCCUCACAACAGAAUGGCUGUGGUACUGGAGAAAUGACUGUGGCCAGUGGAUAGAGUAUGGCCAUGAGGGUGGUGAGGGGAAUGUGACCUCUGUCAUUUCCCAGAUCCUGGAGAAUGCUUACCAAACUGACUCUGACAGCGAGAUUACAUUUGAAUGUGGAGAUCAGAAGUACAUUCUCAGUCUCAAAGAGAUGCAUCAGCAGAAUAUUAGAUUUAAAACCAAAAGAGCAAUUUGUAGAAGGCCCUGUUUUCUCUCUAAGGAAGAUGUGAAUGCCAAGCUGAAGAGUGAGUCUAAGGAGAGCACCAGCUCCUCUGUGACUGUCCCUCCACACUGGGACAAAGGAGUCUUGUCUGACACCACAGACUACAAGCUGGUUCCACUCUCAAGCCAGAUAGAAGAGUACCAAAAGUUGGAGAAGCUAUUCAAAAAUACCAUGGCCAGCAGCACCAUCCACAGCAUCAAACGGAUCCAGAACCCCUCACUCUGGAGGGUCUUCCAGUGGCAGAAGGAACAGAUGAUGAAGAAGAAUGGCGGGAAACUGGUUGAUGAGAGAGAAUUGUUCCACGGCACAGAUCACUCUAUUAUAGAUGUCAUCUGUGAACAGAACUUUGACUGGAGGACCUGCGGUGUGAAUGGAACACUUUAUGGCCUCGGGAGCUACUUUGCUAGAGAUGCCUCAUACUCUAACGCGUACAUAAGAUCUCAGAGCAGCAGUAAGAAGAUUAUGUUUGUGGUUCUGGUCUUGGUUGGAGAGUUCACCAAUGGGUGUCGAACAUACCGUCGUCCACCUCAGAAAAGCACCAGCAAGGCCCUCUACGACAGCUGUGUCGACUCAGAAAAAAACCCAUCCAUUUUUGUUGUGUUUGAGAAACAGCAGAUUUAUCCUGAAUACCUAAUUGAGUACUCCUAAAAUCCACAGGGGUCCAUACCAAUGUCUUCCACUGAAGACAACUGAUAUUUUGUGACUUGCUAACAGUCCUCACAUGCUCUACCUACUGUAUUUCUGUAUUGAAAUGGGGCUAGGGAUUUAUUGAAUUGGGGCUAGUUUUGUGGUAUUUUUUUGUUAUUAUUUUGGGCUCUUUUAAUCCAUUUCGCCAGUUCAGUGCUAUAGCAUGAUUGAAAUUUAAAGGCAAUGUUCCCACGCUCACAGUCGCUUUGUCACGCCCUGGUCUUAGUAUUUUGUGUUUCCUUUAUUAUUUUGGUCAGGCCAGGGUGUGACAUGGGUUUAUUA